AUGGGCACGGCCACUGAUACUGCUGCCGCCUCGACGGCGGCGAAAGCUGGAGGCGCUCCAGCGGUACGGGAAACGACUCGACCGCCUCACCGUCCAUCGACAAAAGCCAACGGGGCGAGACAAUGGAAACCACUGUGUUAUCCACAAUCGGCGCUUUGGCCCUUCCGUGCCGAUAACGAAAGUCCCGCCGAGGACCGUACGAACGGAUCUUCGUCGCCUCGGCAAACCAUAACGAAUCUUGGCACCAAUCGGUUUUUUCCAUUGCAUCGAGAUAUUUUGCAGGCGGCGACAAGGGAACUACUCCUGUUGGAUUGUACACUGGAUGCCAGAUCGUUCACGGCCCGAACCGAACAGCUGCGUUUCGUCGAAGUGGACUGCCGACAGGGGGACGAUCGGGCCGAACGGGCCGAACAAGACGAGAAGAAUCCGCAAUUUCUGACACGGUAUCGAGCUCACCUACAGUCUUCCCCCACAACGUACGUCUGGGUGGAGCGCAGGUCCGAGGGUACCGAACGUUCCAACGAGUUGGCAAUGCGUCAACCACGAAAGCGACCACGGGUCGAUCCGACCAGUGGAGACCCAUCCAAUCAAAAUCCUCCACCGGCAGAAAAUGGUCACGACACUUCUCUACCAUCAGCCGAAGCGAUUGUGGAUAUCCUGGUCCAGCGCAUCGUCGAAGACGAAUGGAAGCCAAACAGAGAUAGUCUCGUUCUCGUUGGCGACGCACCGGACACUGUUACACACGAUCAGGGUACACCUUCUGUACCGCCCCGGAAGGUAUCGGAUGUCGACCGCAUGACUUCCCGUUCGUCUUCGUCAUUGUCGCUAGCUGACUUUGUGGCCACGGCCUCGUGUUUGGGUCCGCAAGAUUUGUCGCAUUUUGUGCGUCUUUCCAACGACGGCACAUAUUCAAACACCAACCUACAGAUUCAUCAGGACAACACCAACUACGACAAGGUCGCGCUAUCGAAAAACGACCUUUUGGAAACAUCAAUCGCCAUGGAGUCGACUCUCCGCUCUUACGCAUAUCAGCUCACUAAUCGUCUCACCAGCCACGCAUUAUUCGCGUGGGAACAAACGGAACGGGAAUGGAUUCGGUCUGCUGGUGAAAAGCUCCCGUCUAGCGUGUUCCACGACACUCAAAUUCGGGAUGCUCUCUUUGAUGCUCGAAUUUUGCGUCGUCUCGGUGGUUGGGAGCCGUGGAGUCUGUUACCACAGGCAGUGACAAUUCAACGCAAUCGCAAUGCUGGGCAACGUUGGCAAGACUGGGCGAAGACGACUACAGCGGGUAAGCAGCUUGUAAAGCGGCUGGGGAAUGGCGAUCAAAGAUUGCGAACAAAGCCAGCUCGACGUGGACCUCGCGUGAGCGCUACCCUGCGCCAUCAGAAAGUCAUUUGUACAGAGAACAACAAUACGAGAAAUGAAACCACGGGUCGGCCUCGAUCGACUUCACCCGAUCAGCCGUUGCAUGUACACAGUAGCUUGGAUUGCGAUACGAGCAACGAUCCCUCGAUCGUGGUAUCAUCUUGUUAA